AGUUCGUGACGUCCGCAGCACCUACAGCGCAGGUGAACAAACGUGUCCUCAUUAUACACUCUAUGAAUACUCAUACAACCUGUUUGUUGUCACAGAUGAGAUUCUUACAACUUUUGUAGCAUUCGUUUUCACACACCGUAAUAAGUAUUCUUUGGUGUGAAAAGCCGGAGUCUUAGAAGUCGUUUUUCGUAAAUAUAUAUAAAUAAGUGGAGGAGAAGAGAGUUACAAUGACUGUAUCCGUGAAAUGUAUUUAUUUUUUUAGUGUAAUUUUCUUGGCUGUAACAGGAAGCGAGAGUAAACAGAAAGUACAUGUCACAGUCUAUUAUGAAACACUGUGCCCUGACAGUCAGCGAUUCAUUAAAUUCCAGCUGUAUCCUGCUUGGAAGGAUUUAAGGGACCAUCUUAUACUAGAGUUUGUACCAUUUGGGAAAUCUUCUGGAAACAGAUUUGAUGGUUUCAAGUGUCAACAUGGAGAACGAGAGUGCAGGGGCAACUUAAUGCAGUCAUGUGCACUGAGUCUGCUGAACUCUUCAGGGCCACAAAUGGAGUUUGUGUACUGUGUGAUGAGCAGUGUGGAUGGAAGCCAAGAAGGAAAACGAUGCUCCGAGAAAGUUGGAAUCAGCUGGGCUGCCGUUGAUAGCUGCACCAAGUCUACAGUUGGCACGACUUUGCAGCUAAUGGCACAAGAAGAAACCUUAAAACUAGCUCCUUUAGGACUUGGAUUUGUUCCCACCAUCACAUUCAACAAAAAAUAUAGUCAACAAGAUCAGAGAGAUGCACUGCAAAACUUCCGAGGCAUAGCCUGUAGAUACCUUGGUUCUCCAGCACCACCUGGCUGCCAAAUAUGAGUACUGACAACACUGGAAUGCCUUCUUCAGAAUAUUCUGGAUGCUAUGCUGCAAUAUUUAUUCUGCAUUAUAAAGCAAAUUCAGUGUUCAGAGCAGCAACAUGAGACUUUAAAUUUCUUACAUGUUGCUAAGAAUUGGUUAAGAUUUCAAUACCUGAAUAAAACUGUACUUCUGUAGCACAUAAUAGAACAAAAAGAUGAUAAAAAUGAUUUUAGUUUUGCUUUUUUCUUUGUUCUUCCUGAACUUGAUUUCAAACUAUUUGUUUCUUAUUAUGCAAGUGUGAAAACUUGAAAUAGAGCA